AUGGUGGCCCACCUGGCCCUCUGCCUGCUGUCUGCGCUGCUGGCCACGGAUUAUCCCUCUCCCAAGUCCUCCCCUCUCUCCCCAGGUGGCUGCCUGAAGUGCGAACACUGCAGGAGCGCUGACAAGGCGUGCUCCGGAGAGCCACAGGACUGCGCACCCUCCCAGACUGCCUGCCUCAUCCUCAGCUCGGAGACCAGAAUCGGGCAGGAGCAGAAGCUGGGCACCUACAAGGGCUGCACCGAGACCAAGUUCUGUCCCCCGCGAUCCUCCAGCCUCAGCGCCGCCUUCGGCCUGCGUGUGCGGAGCGCUGCCAAGUGCUGCCAGCGGGACCUGUGCAACAAGGGAGCCGUGAGGUUGCCACGGGCCCAGCCCAAGCCCAGCGGGCUGCAGUGCCCGGGCUGCUUGUCAGAGGGCACCGAAUGCCAGGCCAAUGAGACCGUGACCUGCCUGGGCCCCGAGAACCACUGCGUCUAUUUUGCUGGAUCCAUCACAACUGGCACCCGGAAUUACACCUAUGCCGUGCGCGGCUGUGCCACGAAAAGCACCUGCACCAGCAAGGUGGGGGUGUACAAGCUGCCGGGGGUCUUCACCGACAUUGUGAUAACGUCCGAAUGCAGCCCGGCCCCCACCCCUGGCCCCAAGCAGGGCACUUAGCCCCCCACAGCCCGGGGCACACGCAGCCCUGCUGGGUGGUCGCUCCUGUCACCGUCGGCUCUCAGCAUGAUCCAGCAUCGAGCUCCGGCAUCGGGCGUGUGCCGCAAACGGCCGUGUUGGGGGGUGAGGGUGAUUUCCUGGGAGAACGUCCCUGAAUAAAGCAUCACC